UCUUGUUUUCUUGAUACGUUGAAAAACUGGUCUUCGAUUCUACACGCCUAGCCUGCUGAUAAGACUGACUGGUGGCGCGUGGAGUUAUUUUGGUUAAUAGAACGUUCCACAGAAAACGGCCGAAUGUGAUAAGCUGACGUUACUUUUGAAUGCAAAACUCUGUUAAUGACAUCCGAAACUAAAUGUAAAUCUAGCGUGUUUGAUAGCGGAUGUUGGGAUCCGAAAGCUGCAUAUCUAAAAUCUAACGAUCUUUCCUCAGAACGACAUAAGUAUAGCAUACACUUAGCUAACUAAGGUCAAAUUAUUUUGAUCCGGUUGAUUUUAUAUUAUAGGGCGAACAAGCUAACAAUCUUGGCUUCAUAAAUAACGUGAAUUAAUUGCGAUCUUGCUAGCGAUCUUAACAUCCUUUUCAUUUUUUAUAUACUUAAUUACAUGUACUGAAAUUGUGUCACAGAAUAGUCGACAGUGAUGGCAUCAAGAGAGAAUAAUCAGACAUCUCAUUUCUUCAACGUUGGAGGAUGCUUAUUCUCGAUUCCUUUGAGCAGACUCUCCCUCUUUCAGGAUUCUCUGCUAUUCAGAGAAGCUCUCACCGUUGGUCAGGGUUCAAGAUUAUUUAUUGACAGAGAUGGUUGUACCUUCAGGCAUGUACAUUAUUAUAUGCAUACAGGGAAACUGGCAUCGUCUUGCACCACAGAGGUAAAUAUUCUCUAUGAGCAAGCAGCAGGUCUACACCUAACAUCGCUGCAACAGGCUUUAGAAAAUCUUCAAUCUGGCAAGCACUUCUUGCGAGCUCGUCCUGAGGACCUUCAGGUCACAGAGAGAGCGACUCUGAAUUACUGGAAGACACGCAUCUGUAACCCCAGGCUAUCAGACCCCAUGACUAGUCCUGUAUCCACAGGUGAUGCAGUGCAUGAUGCCAUUCCCCCGGGAUUGGUUGGUGCUCCCCUGGUAGACAGUGAUGAGGAGGUCUACUAUUGCUUCCUACCACUGGACCAGGUCAGGCUGCAUCCCAGUUUGGUGACACAGGACAACCUGCUGUGGCUUUGUGAAGAUGUGGUCGUCAUUGAGUGCGGCAGCCGUCUCUUCAGGUUCUUAGGCAAGCCUCUCUGCUCCUUGCUGUGUAAAUCUACAGUGCCUGCGCUCAUCAAGCAAUUACAUUUUGCAAUUUGGAAUUAUAGGCCAGGUAUAAACAUUUGCCCAGGCAUCUCUAACAUGCCAUCAAACACAGGGGCCACUUAUAAGGAGGACUCAUUGAUCCAAGACUGGUGCCCAGAAUCAAAGAAGCAGUCCAGUUCACUGCCUUUAUAUGUCAUGACCUUCAACCUCCUGGUUAAGUAUCCGGACUCUUCGCUGGGGCAGCUCUAUGUGGACAGCAACGUGGAUGGGAGUAAAGUGUACAUCACUGGAAGUGGGGUCAUUUUUCAACAUGUGGAGAACUGGCUGGGAACUUGCCGUCUCCCGUUGACCGAGACUGCAUCCCAGCAGAGCAGACUGUGCGAAUACCUGGAGGGACAGGACGAGCUCUACCUGGCCAUCAAGGAAGCUGUAUGGGAGUUCUUCAACAGGAAGGCCUCAGGCAGGUCUCUUACAACAGGACCCUGGUCUGCUUCAGUCUCAAAGUUCACCAUUUAUAAAGUCAUUAAGGUUUAUGUUGGAACUCAUUGGUAUGCCACUUAUUUAAAAACCCUUUUAAAGUACCCUGAGCUGCUCUCCAACUCCAGAAAGGUCAGCUGGAUAGCAUACGGGCAGAGCCUCUAUGUGAAGGGUGAUGGACUGAUGUUCCGACACAUCCUCAACUUUCUGAGAUGCGGUCAGCUCAUGCUGCCAACUGAGUUCAGGUCAAUAUGUGAACUCACAAUCAAGUUCCUUCAUUGUGUCAUCAGUAAUAAUCACUCAUUGCAAGGACAGAAUUUUCUUUUGGUAACUCCAAAACAUGAGGUGAAUGAGUGGCCUCUGCUUCACCAUGAAAUUGAAGAGUUUCAGAUCCCGGCUCUCUCUGAUUCCUUGAAGGACUGCGCAGACUACAGUGCGGUGCUGUUUCCAUGCAGAGACUGGCGAAAGAGCCAGGGGUCCACCAGAGACACGUCUGCCUUUUCGGAAGAAUCCCUGCUUAUUUACGAUGAAGAUGAGGAUGAGUUUGUGCAGAUAACUUAUGACAAAGACCUUCAGUUCUGCGUCGGGCAGCCACAGUGGGACAGUCUGGAUGACUCAGCAACCUCAGACAUCAUGGAACUCCAAUCAUCCUCCUGCUCCUGCACAGAUGUCUGCAAGCCUCAGAACGCUGAGAUGGCCAGUCCGCCCAGCGAUGCCACGGGCAGGAAAGGGGAGGUCCCGCUUGGUAACGAGAUCAAAACAGAGGGUGCUAGCAAGCUGUUAGCCUCACCGGAGAAACUAGAGCCUCUGGUGCAAGACACUGCGUGGACCAAGCAACAGGCAGGUAUGAGCCGGGUGCCAGAGGGGCAGCCAGACAGUGGGCCUACAGCGGACCAGGCGACCGGGUGGACGGAACAUCUCCCCAAGCAGGACCCGGGUCGGCAGCCUAGCAUGCCCUCGGAGCUCAGUGCGAGUGGGCAGCCCAACACUUCGCUCAGCGCACAGGAGAGGGGGAUCUCCAGGGAACCUCAGCAGAGCCAAUGGGAAGGCAAGCUGCACACCUCUACCAUGACAGGAAGAGGUGAGAGGAGUGGAAGGAGGCCGUCGGCCGGAGGCUGUGUGCUCAGGGUGCGCCAUCCUCCUGUUGUUGGGAAGGGUGGGGCCAGCAGCUGCUUCAUCGAAAGCAUCAUUUACGAGGCCACGCCUCCACAUACAGUGCAUCCUUCACCAACGACACAAGAUCUUCAGAACAUUGCAUUGGUAUACUUCAACAUGACUUAUGAUAACAUGCUGUAUGCCCGUGAAUGCCAUGCAUUCUUGGCCGGGAUCAUCGUAGACUCCAAAAGGCUGAAAGAUCCAAGGAACUGUGGUCUGAAAAUGGCUGGUCUUGUCUAUAGUUUAUGGACUGAGCAGGCUGAACCAGAAGACUUUGUGGGGGAGCUAAUGAAACUCUCUUGUUUUGAAAAACAAAAGCACAUCCAGGACAGGCUACUACAGUGGGUGAAGUACACACUGAGAUUUGCAAAGCAGUACAGCAAGUGCAUUGAACUACUAGGGGAGGACCUGUGUCAGAUAGCCACACUGUUUCCUGAAGAUUGA